GUCGGCCACAAAAAUCCCCAUGUCUUGCCGAUGACAUGAAAUCUCCUCCCACACCACUGGGUUCUUCUUCCUCUGCCUUAGAAAUGUCAGGAUAUGACCUUCCAUCCGAGCAAUUACUCCCAGCGUCUGUCUCGCGAGUCCGACAUCCAAAGGUCGGCCAUGUACAUCGUAAACUGGAAGCGAGACACUUGCAAAUGAUUGCGAUUGGGGGCACAAUAGGUUAGGCUCUCAGAGAUAGAACGUUGUCAAGGCACCUUGUUAGAGCAGAGCAUCAUCACAUUCAGGCGUUGAAACAAGCCGCCAGCCUGGCGCUUGCUGACAAGUAACUCAUUCCUAGGAACCGGUUUAUUUGUCGGUUCUGGAGCAACUAUUGCUCUCGCCGGCCCAGUGGGAGCACUUGUUGCAUUUUUUAUUGUUGGCACCAUGGUCUUUUUUAUCACAUCAAGUCUCGGGGAAAUGGCAACCUUAAUACCUGUCUCGGGAUCAUUUGCUACAUACGCUGGGCGAUUCGUAGAUCCCGCCUAUUCGUUUACUCUCGGCUGGAAUUACUGGGCACAGUGGGCGGUCUCACUACCUUCGGAGCUCAGUGCUCUGGGCAUCAUCAUGGGCUUCUGGACUCCAAACGUCCCGACUUGGAUUUGGUCUGGAUCAAUUCUUACAGCCCUCGUGGCGGUGAAUGUGGUUAGUGUGAAAGGGUUUGGCGAGUCGGAGUAUUGGUUAUCCGCCAUAAAAGUGGUUGCAGUGAUAGUGUUUGUUAUUGUUGGCUUGGCUGUUGAUGUAGGGUGGCUGGGAUCUGAGCCUGGCACUGGCUUUACCUAUUGGACUAUACCCGGUGCUCCUUUCAAGAAUGGUAUCCUGGGUGUUUUCAAUGUGUUUGUAAUUGCAUUUUUCAGUUUCGGCGGCACUGAACUAGUGGGUAUCACUGCGGGGGAAGCGAAGAACCCUAGAAAGACUGUUCCGAAAGCUAUCAAUCAAACCUUCUGGCGGAUACUACUCUUUUACAUCUCAACCAUCUUCAUCAUUGGCCUUGUUAUCCGUAAUGACGACCCAUCUCUGCUCGAUUCUGCCGAAACAGACGAUAUCAAGAUAGCUCCAUUCACCCGUGUCUUUGAAAAAGCUGGACUUACGAUUGCUGCUCAUGUUAUGAAUGGGGUGAUCUUUACUGCGGUCCUGAGUGCCGGGAACAGUGCCAUUUAUGCAGCGUCGCGUACACUGAUGACGCUGGCAAAUGAAGGCAAAGCGCCAAAGUUUCUAGGAGCGGUAGCGUCGAAUGGGGUGCCAUUGUGGAGUCUGGCUGUGACAACAGCCGUAGGUUGUCUUGCAUUUUUGGGAAUAAUAUGGGGAGAUGGCCUUCUGUUCACCUGGCUCCUCCACCUAACGGGCAUGUCGGGCAUUCUGACCUGGCUAUCCAUAACCAUUGUUCACCUACGCUUUCGAGCAGCGUACAAAGCACAGAACCGCCGAAUUGAGGACUUACCUUACAAGGCUCCAUUCUUCCCCUAUGGCCAGUGGCUCUCCGUUGUAUUGGCCUGUUUAAUUAUUUUUGGACAGGGAUACUCUGCAUUUGCUACUCGCCCAUUCCGAUUUCAAAAUAUUGUGGCUGUGUACCUCGGAUUACCAGUUUUCAUCUCAUUAUUUGUAUACUACAAAAUUCGCCACAAGACGCAGCUCGUGCCACUGUUGGAAUGCGACUUUGACACCGGACAGAUCAUUCUAGAUGAUGAUGAUGAUGAUGAUGACGGGAGUGAAUUGGACGAAGAACAAGUUGGUUUAUGUGAGGAGCAAGAUACAAAAGAUGUCGACGAGGAAGCAGAUGGACAGGAGGGCUGAGCAACUAUUGUUGCACACUCCUGCAUAUUUAUUCAUUUUGUCCUGCAAAUAUCUCAUAUUGUUGGGACACCUCCUCCAAAAACCCUUGACCGUGUUGUCAAGGAUGACUGUACAUAUAAAUCUAGCAAGCCUUGCAACAGAGAGCCUGUCUAACUGUCCGUCAUCUCAACUCCGAAUAUCAAGUGACUAUCGUACAUGUCCCUGCAUCCUUGCCUUCUCGCUUUCCAGACGGGAAUACAAUAAAUGUCGUAUCUCGUUGAUCUUGC